CCUGUUAUCGGGUUUCUUUUCUCCACCUUCUGUGAAUUUCUCUUGUAGCUCGAUCUUGCCACCAGUUCUUCGUCUUGUCACUUUGUCUCGGCUGGGAAAUCCCCCAUCCCGCGCUUAAUUCCCCCCACCAACAACUGGCCUCCGCGCUGUUGCCCUUCCCCUUUUCCCCUCUUCUCUUUUCAUCCUCUGGGGCACAACGUGCUUGCGAUUCUUCCUGGUUCAAGAUUUAAUCUCCCCUGUACCUUGAGCUCUUUGCCCACCAUGGAUCGCAAUAUUGCGCGUGCGGUGACGGAGAAAAAGCCGGUCCCGGAGAUCGACUUCACAUUACAUGUUAUGGAGGAUGGCUCUCAGGUGUCCACCCUUGAGCGAGUUAUCAAAGAGGUGCAAGCGCCGGCGUUGAACACCCCGUCGGACGAUCAGUUCUGGUCUCCUGAAGACCCUUCUAAGCCCAACCUUCAGUUCCUCAAACAGCACUUUUACCGGGAAGGUCGUCUCACGGAAGACCAGGCGCUAUGGAUCAUACAGGCUGGAACGCAGCUGCUGCGGGCCGAGCCCAACCUCUUGGAGAUGGAUGCGCCCAUCACCGUGUGCGGUGACGUCCACGGACAAUAUUACGAUCUCAUGAAGCUUUUCGAAGUCGGUGGCGACCCAUCCGAGACCCGCUAUCUCUUCCUCGGUGAUUAUGUGGACCGAGGAUACUUCAGUAUUGAGUGUGUGCUCUACCUCUGGGCCUUGAAGAUCUGGUAUCCGAACACUCUCUGGCUACUGCGGGGUAACCACGAAUGUAGACAUUUGACGGACUACUUCACCUUCAAGCUGGAAUGUAAGCACAAGUACAGCGAGCGCAUCUAUGAGGCCUGUAUUGAGUCCUUCUGUUCGUUGCCGCUGGCGGCGGUUAUGAACAAGCAAUUCUUGUGCAUUCACGGGGGUCUGAGCCCCGAGCUGCAUACUUUGGAAGAUAUCAAGGCGAUCGACCGUUUCAGAGAACCUCCGACCCACGGCCUCAUGUGUGACAUCCUUUGGGCCGAUCCUUUGGAAGAGUUUGGACAGGAGAAGACCGGAGACUACUUCAUUCACAAUAGCGUGCGAGGUUGCUCGUACUUCUUCUCGUACCCUGCAGCUUGCGCUUUCCUCGAGAAGAACAAUCUUCUUUCCAUCAUUCGCGCGCAUGAGGCUCAAGAUGCCGGCUAUCGCAUGUACCGCAAGACUCGGACAACGGGCUUCCCUAGUGUCAUGACCAUUUUCAGCGCACCGAACUACUUGGACGUUUACAACAACAAAGCCGCCGUGUUGAAGUACGAGAACAACGUCAUGAACAUCCGCCAGUUCAACUGCACUCCCCACCCGUACUGGCUGCCCAACUUCAUGGAUGUUUUUACUUGGUCCCUUCCUUUCGUGGGUGAGAAGAUCACGGACAUGUUGAUCGCAAUUCUCAACACCUGCUCCAAGGAGGAGCUUGAAGAGGAAACCCCCACAUCGGUAUCCCCUACCGCUCCCUCGUCACCUCCGACAGCGCAGAUGGAUACGGAGAGUAGCGAGUUCAAGCGUCGCGCAAUCAAGAACAAGAUCUUGGCCAUUGGCCGUCUGUCGCGUGUCUUCCAGGUACUACGUGAAGAGUCCGAGCGGGUUACUGAGCUCAAGACCGCAGCUGGUGGUCGUCUUCCGGCGGGUACCUUAAUGUUGGGUGCGGAGGGUAUCAAGCAGGCCAUCACAAACUUUGAAGAUGCCCGUAAGGUCGAUCUGCAAAACGAGAGGCUGCCUCCUUCUCAAGAAGAGGUCAUUCGACGCAGUGAAGAAGAUCGACGCAUUGCCCUAGAGCGGGCUCAACAUGAGGCCGACAAUGACGCUGGGCUGGCCACGGUAGCCCGGAGAAUUAGCAUGUCGGCCGGCUCGGGUAAGACUCGUCGACAGCGAGACGCUGCUGCGGUCUCACGGGAGGCAUGAGUGUCGGACGAGGUGUUUUGAUGGGAAGCG